GGGGAGAGCCGGGGCCACGCACCGCACCAUGAGGAGCCUGCGCGGAGCCCCGCCGGCGCUGCCGAUGCCGCUGAUGCUGCUGGUGCUGCUGGUGCUGCUGCUGGCAGCGGGGCACGGCGCUGUCAUCACCGGGGCCUGUGACCGAGACCAGCAGUGCGGGGGCGGGAUGUGCUGCGCCGUCAGCCUCUGGAUCCGCAGCCUGAGGAUGUGCACCCCCAUGGGAAACCUGGGAGACGAGUGCCACCCCUUGAGUCACAGAGUGCCCUUCUCCGGGCGGCGGAUGCACCACACCUGCCCGUGCCUGCCCGGCCUGGCCUGCCUCAGGACUGCUCCCAACAGAUUCAGGUGCUUGCCAGACUUCAGAAAAGAAGAUGUCUUUUUUUAGCAGGAACUGUUCCGCACUAGAAAGAGCCACUCAGUAUUUUCGUUCUCUCGUUGUUGUGACAAAAAGAAAGGGUUACUGGCCAGGGGAAACCCUGCACCACUUUCCUGCCUCACCAACAUCAGCUGGAGAUGAGAUGCUGCUGUUGUGGCCAAGGUUUUCAGGAGGGACUCGCAGUGGAGAAUGGAUGAUUUCAUUUUGGGGUAGCCAAACAACAUCUGCUAGAGCAAAACUCCUUCUGAGGGCAGGGCCUUGACCAUUCCUGAAUCAUUUUGUGGGCUUCAUGGUUCUAGCUAAACCCCAGAAUGAAAAAAAUCCAAGUUUAUUGCCAGUUUUGGAAAAAUUUGGCCACAUCUUUACACUUUGGAAGACCUGAAUUGAACUGAGAGUUGGAUAACUGCAUAGCGUGAAGCAUAUGACAAUUGCCAAAAGAACUGUAUUUGCAUUGCAUUUCAUAUCUUUAUUAAUAUAAUUUUAUUUGUAAGUUAGGCACACCUCUAGGGUAAAGGUUUAACCAAUAGAUGCAAUUUUUAUGCUUUUAAAAAGUAGCAGGUGGAAACAAGACAUUUCAGUAUUCAGAGCAUUAAAAGAUUUACUUAUUUUAGUGUUCUAAGAUGAGAAGUUGUUGUAACUUGAAUUGCUGAAAAAAUACCUGAUCAUCUCAAACUAUGUAUUAAGAUGUAGUUUAUAUUAAAGAAAAAAGGAACCCUGAAGUUUAUUUUAAUAGGCUGCCUGACUUCUUGUAUAUGUAUCAAAUUUGCUGUGCAAAAAUUCUGUAUCAGAAUAAUGGCAGUGUAUGAUUUGAUUUAUGUUAAUAUUAUAACAUUAUUUUGUCA